AUUUCUCUUUAAUUCACCGAUCUUUAAACAAUGGUUCUCAAUGGAUUUGACUCCGUCAAGGCCAUUUCCAUGGCGAAUUCCGGCCGCCGCCGGAAGCUCAAGUGGUUAUUCGAGUUUAUUAUGUUCUUAUUUCUCGUUUUCCACCGCUCCAGCUUGUUUUCUCUCGCCGGACCGUUCUUCCGCCAUUUUUUCCGGCGAAUCCUCGUCGUCCUCAACAGUCACACCUUCGUCUUCAUCGUUUUCCACGCCAUGCUCUUCGUCGUUUACUCUCUCUCCCAUUUAACCGACAACAAUUCCGGUUCGAACCGAACCGAAGACGAAUCCAGCCUCGACGCUCGGUCUUCUCACGUAACCGCCGACAAUUCGCCGGAGAGUGUGAUCGCUUCGAAAGACGACUCCGUCGACGAUAAAUUGGUUGUCGACAAGAAAAACACAACGGCGCUGGAGAAUUUGGCGGCUCCGGUUGACGAUUCUGUCGCCGAGAAAAACACAGAAAAAUCAUCGGUGAGCAAAGAUUCAAUCGAUCCAACGACAACGACGGCGCCGACACCGGGAUCGCCUGUCCUGCAUUUGAUCAUCCCAGAGACAAGGCAGUACCGGAGAACAGAAUCGGAGAGAUUCGAAGAUAAUCGAGAAAAAGCGAAGCUCCGGCGAUCGAAGACAGAGAUUCGCCGGGAAGAAAGCAGAGAAUCGAAAAAAUUAACGGAUUCGGUAGAGGAAAUGGACAUCGACGACUUCAAUCGGAAGGUGGAGAGUUUCAUCGCGGAGCAGAAGCUGCACAUCGGCGGGAGAAUUUCAGAUUCCGACAAGUGAACAGAAAAAUCUGUAACAGACAGACACAGAGACAUACAGACAGGGGAGGAAGAAGAAGAAGGAAAAAAAAAGGUUGGGAUUAAAUGCUCCUUUUUUCUCGGAAUUGUAAUAAUGAGAAAUAUGGGAUAUGAAAAUCAGGGAAUUUUGCAGCAAAAUUUUGGCAUUUCCUUUUUAAUUUCUUCCCUUUCGGAUGAAUUUGAGAGCGGAAAAAGGUUGUUUUUUCCAACACCUCUUCUGUUUGUUUGUUGUAAAUAUUCAAACAUGUCCAGCCAAAUAUUUUGGGA